GAGGCCCGUGCAGCUCCGGCGAGUUUAGCGUAGUUAGCAGCGGCCAGAGCCGAGCAGAGCAGAGCCGAGCCAACCCGCGGGGAGCAGUCGCUGUUUGGGGAAGAGGAGCGACUAAAACUUCACUGCCGAGAUGUCUGACGAUGAGCAGGAGCAGACCAUAGCCGAGGACCUGGUGGUCACCAAGUACAAGAUGGGUGGCGACAUCGCUAACCAGGCUCUCCGGCUGGUUGUGGAAGCAGCCAAGCCCGGUGUGUCGGUGCUCAGCCUGUGUGCAAAAGGUGACGCUUUCAUCAUGGCCGAAACGGGAAAGGUCUUCAAAAAAGAAAAGGAAAUGAAAAAAGGCAUUGCCUUUCCUACCAGCGUCUCAGUCAAUAACUGUGUUUGCCACUUCUCUCCCUUGAAGAGUGACCCCGACUACACACUUAAAGAUGGGGAUCUGGUCAAAAUAGAUCUCGGGGUUCAUGUUGAUGGCUUCAUUGCCAACGUUGCUCACAGCUUUGUUGUGGGAGCCAGUAAGGAGAAUCCCGUCACGGGACGGAAAGCCGAUGUGAUUAAAGCAGCUCAUCUGUGUGCGGAAGCAGCGCUUCGUCUGGUCAAACCUGGCAACCAGAACACUCAAGUAACAGAGGCCUGGACCAAGAUUGCACAGUCAUUCAAAUGCUCACCUAUAGAGGGUAUGCUGUCUCAUCAGCUGAAGCAACACAUCAUAGAUGGUGAGAAGACCAUCAUCCAGAACCCAACAGACCAGCAAAGGAAGGACCAUGAGAAGGCUGAAUUUGAGGUUCAUGAAGUCUAUGCUGUGGAUGUCUUGAUUAGUACUGGAGAAGGAAAGGCUAAAGACGCAGGUCUGAGGACCACAAUUUAUAAGAGGGACCCCAGUAAGCAGUAUGGCUUGAAGAUCAAAACUUCCCGCACGUUUUUCAGUGAGGUGGAACGACGUUUUGACGCCAUGCCCUUCACUCUUCGGGCUUUCGAGGACGAGGCCAAAGCCCGUCUUGGUGUAGUGGAGUGUGCUAAACACGAACUGGUGCAGCCCUUCAGUGUGCUGCAUGAGAAAGAGGGGGAGUCCGUAGCCCAGUUUAAGUUCACAGUGUUGCUGAUGGCUAACGGGCCGCACAGAAUCACCAACGGACCCUUUGAUCCAGAGCUCUACAAAUCAGAGCAUGAAGUUCAGGAUCCAGAGCUAAAGACUUUAUUACAGAGCUCUGCAAGUCGUAAAACGCAGAAGAAGAAGAAAAAGAAGGCUUCAAAGACAGCCGAGAAUGCAACUGGACAGCCUGCCGAGGACACAGAAGCUGCAGAAUAAAAACUGCCUUUCCACAUCUGCAAAACCCCAAAGAAAAGCAAAAAAAAAAAAAAAACAACAAACAAAAAAAACUCGACAAGUCUCCCAGAAUAUGUAGAGCCUAUCUAACAAACUGAACG